AUGACAGUGGCCCCAAUCACCAGACCGUUGGCUGAGGAGGACACCCCGAAACGGAAGCAGUCGAGCGUGCCGUCCACGUCGGUGAUCGGCUGGAUGUACAGCUGCAAAGGGGGGGACAACACAACGGGACCAGUGACCUUCGUGAGAGUGCACUAUGUCUGCGCUCUGACAACCUGUUUCAUCAUCGUCUGUGGAGAGAAAGCAGCGUACCAGAGAGCUGCGGGUGAUGGCUUCUACCACAGCAUUGAAGACAUUGACAGGAAGCCGCAGCAGUGUGGUCCCACUGUCAACGAUAGCUUUAUCCAUAUUCAGAUUCUGGUCUCCAACCUCCAGUUUCAAAACCUCCACCUGGUAGUACCACUCUUCUACAAUAGGGGUCAUAGGAUAGGCCAGUCCCAGGAUGCCCUGCCAGUUGAUCCCGGGCAAAAAGAAGCCGUCAGACGACGUGAUGGCAGCGAUGUUCAUGGUGAUGGUCCCAUUUGGGCCCUUAGGGAUGGAGAUGCGAUCAACGCCCAGCUCACCUUCCCAGUUGCCUUGGGUGUACCUGACAGCUACAGGCUGACCGCCGGCAAGGCCCUGGCCCCCAUUACUGUCAAUGUGCCACCUAAAACCCACCAGACUGCAGCAAACCACGCAUGCAAAGGCCUGAGCAAACAGAGCAAACAAGCCCUACUGGAAACUACUGGAAUUUUAGAGAGGGAGAGAGAGAGGGAGGCGGGGGGGGGGGGUUUGGGGACAGACAGCGAGGGCACUUCCUCGUUCCCACGCCCCCCCAAAAGCUCCUAUACGCUGCCCGGGCUCAGCCUCUGA